UUGAAUUAAAAAUAGACCGGCCGAGUGUUUUCACCAUAAUGAAAGUGUUAAGACGAAUCAAAUCACUGCCCGAGUAUGAAUGUAAUUCCAAAAAGUGUAACGAUGCAAAAAUAACUUUGGAAGAAUUUGACAGCCAACCGAUCUAUUUCAAAAGUGUAAUUAGACCAAUGCUCGCUAUCGGCCACGAAGGCGAACUAGUAAUAUGGUUGAAAAACAUUGGAAUACUCCAGCAUAGCCAGCGUUGCAAUAACCUAAUAGAUAACAUGGAAUGUCAGGGUGUUAUGAAUUGGAUGCCCGCUAAAAUUAUUGACCAGUAUCAAUGGAAGUGUAAGAAGUGUCCCAAAAAAAGAAAUAUUAGAGAGCAGUCCGUAUUCCAAGAUGUGAAAUGUCGCUUUAAAGACAUUGUACGAAUUUUGGCAGGUUGGUGUAAGGGAACGGACGUCGAAGCUUUAACUAAAUUGUUGUGUGUGAAGAAGCAAGCUGUCAAUGCAGUCUACAAUGUUGCUGCUUCAGUUGCGCAUAAGUAUAUUCAAACAAAUCUGUCCAGAUGGCAACUGGGUGGUCCUGGAACCAUUGUGCUGAUCGAAUCUUAUCCUGAAGGCUUCAAAGAACUUAAUUCGCAAGAACAUUUCCAAAAUCACAUUAUUCCCUUAAUUUGCAUUGCCGAAAUUAAGGAGAUACCUACUAGGUUUUGGUUACAAGUUCUAGAUCGCUACAAUCCCAACGUGCAAGAGCAAGUACAAAACGCCAACACAGUAGCGUUGCACAUAAUACAAGAGAUCGUGCUUCCAGGUUCGAUUUUAGUUACCAACAUCGAUAGCAAAAUAUGCUCGUUUGAUGUGCUACAAUCACUUAAACAUUUAUAUCCUGUGAUAAUAAGCAAAGAUGGAUUAAAGCGCCACGAUCACUUAAACGUCUUGCUUGACAACUUUGAAACGAUUUGGUUUCCCGCACUAAGGAUUUGUAACGAGGCUCAAUACUAUUCAAAUGCUCAUAUCCAAAAUUUUAUUACUAAUUUUUUAUGGAGACAAAAAUUUGAAAAUGAAUCUUUUGAAAAUUUAUUACAUCAGAUGUGUUAUAAUUUCAUAUGAGAGUGGUCAUAAUGAUACAAAGUAAAUCAUUUUGAAGACCCUGUGAUAGUUUUUCUUGUCAUCAUGAAAAAACUAAAUUUACUUGCUGAAUCAAAUUAUAGAGUAUCGUAUUAUUUUUAAUUUAAUGCUCAAUUUUUUUCUUACAAUUAAAUCUGCAUUACUAUAGAUUUAAAAAAAUGCUCUUGCACUGUUUAAUAAUGUAUACCUAAGACUAUGUAGGAUGGGGUCGAGGUUUUACAUUGAUUGCAGGUGCUGUGGGUUGAGAAAGAAGACGUAAUUGUAAAUGAUGUGGGCAGGGGGUUGAAAAUAGCAAUAAUCCCAAAUGACUACACUCUUUGGUCAUUAUUGGUAUUCUCGAAAGGUGCCUUAUGGUUUUUUUUUUGCAAUAUUUUCACAAUUUAUUUGCAAUAUUGUUAUUAUUGUUAUGUUAGAAAUUGUAUUUGAACUGCUCUGAAUUGUUUAUUGUACCAAAUAUUAUCAUCUAAUGUUACUAUAUUUCUCAUUUUAUUAGCCUUAGAACGUAGCAGUUAUGACGUAGUACUGUUUUACCAAAAAAGACUGAUGUUGAUGUUAGUUAUGAGUAUUACUUAUUAUAAUUGUAUUGUUUCAGUAUCGGUACUCAUACCACAAAAUUGUUUAAGUAGGUACUACACCAUUACUUGUAAUAAAACUCAUACUAAGUAUAUAAUAAAUUUAGCACUAGUCUUUUGUU